GGAAGGAAAAGCCGUGAUCAACUAAAAAACUGAAACAAGGUAGCAAUUUGAAUCCAUAUACCUACCUUCAUUUCCGAUUCUACAUUACAUUUCCAGCAAAAAAACGGAAACUGAAAUGGCCUGUCACAACAACACUACCAGCAUUGAUCCCAACAGCGGCUUCUGCUCAAACACCAAAACAUUCCACAGUCUCAGGCCGAAAGCCCCGCUCCCCUCCGAAACGACGCCGCUUUCGAUCACUCACUACAUUUUCUCCCACCUCCAAGCCUCCCCUCCUCCGCCCUCCACCCCGGCUCUCCUCGACCCCGCCACGCGCCGCCACAUUCUCUACCCCGAGUUCACGCGCCGCGUCAAAACCCUUGCAGCCGCGCUAGAAUCGCAACUCAACCUCUCCAGUGGCCACACCGCCUUCGUCAUCUCCCCCAAUUCUCUCGACCUCCCCAUCCUCUACUUCUCUCUCUUUUCCCUCGGCGUAACCGUCUCUCCGUCAAACCCGGCCAGCACCACUCCCGAGAUUUCCCGCCAAAUCCACCUCAGCAGACCCGUCAUCGCCUUCGCCACCUCCGCCACCGCUCACAAACUCCCCAACUCCCUCCGAUACGGCGUUGUACUCCUCGACUCCCCGGAAUUCCAGUCCAUGAUGACGUGUGCUCCGGCGCCGGAGCUUCCACGGGUCCGCUUCAGCCAAUCCCACACCGCCGCGGUCCUCUACUCGUCGGGGACCACCGGGGCCGUCAAAGGCGUGGAGUUGACCCACCGUAACUGGAUUUCCGUGCUGGCGUCGGCGUUCGCGGUUCGGAAUCCGACGGCUCCGCCAGCUGUCAUGCUCUGCGCGGUGCCGUUCUUCCACGUGUACGGCUUCGGCGUCUGCAUGCGGGUGUUGGGGUUCGGCGAGACGCUGGCGUCGAUUUCGGGGAGGUUUGAUCUGAGAGCGACGCUGAGGGCCGUCGAGGAGUUCAGGAUCAGCCACGUGUCGUGGGCCCCGCCGGUGGUGGUGGCGGUGGUGAAGCUCGGGAGCGAGAUCGACGGCUACGAUCUGAGCUCGCUGCAGGUCGUCGCCUGCGGCGGUGCUCCGCUUGCGAAGAGUGUCAUCGAUAAGCUGAAGAAACGCCUUCCCAACGUGCAAGUCGCACAGGGAUAUGGGCUGACAGAGACAACGGGUCGAGUGUUUGGCACGGUAGGCCCAAAUGAGACCCGAGUAGAAGGAGCUACUGGAAAGCUGAUGUCAAACUUUGAAGCCAAGAUUGUUGACCCAGAGACCGGCAGUGCCUUGCCUCCUCUAAUGACUGGAGAGAUUUGGCUUAGGGGACCAAUUAUAAUGAAAGGUUACAUUGGUGAUGAAGAAGCAAAUGCUACGACUAUGGACACUGAAGGAUGGUUUAAAACUGGAGACCUUUGCUAUAUCGACAAAGAAGGUUACCUAUUUUUCGUUGAUCGGAUCAAGGAACUGAUCAAGUACAAAGGCUACCAGGUUGCCCCGGCAGAGUUGGAGCAUCUGUUUCAAUCCCAUCCCGAUAUUGCUGAUGCAGCUGUGGUUCCGUAUCCUGAUGAGGAAGCAGGUCAAGUACCAAUGGCCUUUGUGGUCAGGCGCCUAGGAAGUGUCGUCGAUGAAUCGCAGGUGAAGGAUUUUAUUGCCAAACAGGUCGCACCGUAUAAGAAAAUACGACGAGUAGCAUUCAUCAAUGAAGUACCAAAGAGUGCACAAGGUAAAUUAAUGAGGAAGGAAUUAGUCAAACUUGCAUUAUCCAUGUUAUGAAUUCCAGGUUCUUUCUUCGGGUGUUACAUUUGGAUCUAGAAUGUAAAUCUGCUUGCUAUAUUAUUUCAGAGUCCUGGUAUUUCAACAUAAUCUCAUAAGAGCACUACUGCAGUUUUACUUACACGAGUACAAUAGAUGACAAAUGUUUCACUACUUGCUGAAAUACAAAUUGUGAUGUAUUUCAACAUUCUAUGA